AUGUCAUCCAAAAGGAGCCAAAAUCCCCAUGGACUGAAACAGACAAGCUUUGACCAGAUCUGGGACGAUCUCAGAGCUGGAAUCCAGCAAGUGUAUGCCAGACAAAGUAUGACGAAAUCCAGAUACAUGGAACUCUACACUCACGUUUAUAACUAUUGCACGAGUGUUCACCAGUCAAUCCAAGCUCAAGCAGCUGGUAUCCCUCCUUCUAAAACAAAAAAGAGGCAGGUGCUGGAGGAAAUUCAGAAAGUUCGCUCAGAAUUGUACAAAGAGCUUAAAGAAUUUUUGAACAAUUACUUAGAUCUUUUUAAGGAUGGAGAAGAUUUGAUGGCUGAGAGUGUACUGAAGUUCUACACUCAACAAUGGGAAGAUUACCAGUUUUCAAGCAAAGUGCUGAAUGGGAUUUGUGCCUACCUCAAUAGAUAUUGGGGUCUUUCCAAAUAUUACAAAGGACAAAAAGGAAUCUAUGCAAUCUAUUCUCUUGCUUUGGUGACUUGGAGAGAUUGUCUUUUCGGGCCAUUGAAUAAACAGGUAACAAAUGCUGUUUUAAAACUGAUUGAGAAGGAAAGAAAUGGUGAAACCAUCAAUUCAAGACUGAUAAGUGGAGCUGUACAGUCUUAUAUGGAACUGGGGCUGAAUGAAGAUGAUGCCUUUGCAAUGAGCCCUACGCUAACUGUGUACAAAGAAUCCUUUGAGUCUCAGUUUUUGGCUGACACAGAGAGAUUUUAUAUCAGAGAGAGUACCGAAUUCUUGCAGCAGAACCCAGUUACUGAAUAUAUGAAAAAGGCAAAGUCUCGUCUCCUGGAGGAGCAGUGGAGAGUCCAGUACCUUCAUGAGAGCACCCAGGAAGAGCUAGCCAGGAAGUGUAAGCAGGUGCUCAUUGAGAAACACUUGGAGGUUUUCCACGUGGAAUUCCAGAAUUUAUUGGAUGCCGACAAAAAUGAAGAUUUGGGUUGCAUGUAUAAUCUCGUAUCUAGAAUCCAGGAUGGCCUAGGAGAAUUGAAAAAACUCCUGGAGACACACAUUUAUAAUAAAUGUCUUGCAGCAAUUGAAAAGUGUGGAGAAGCUGCUUUAAAUGACCCCAAAAUAUAUAUACAGUCAGUGUUGGAUGUUCAUAAAAAAUACAACACCCUGGUCAUGUUGGUGUUCAACAAUGAUGCUGGCUUCGUGGCGGCGCUGGACAAGGCUUGCAGUCACUUCAUAAACAACAGUGCAGUUACCGAAAUGCCUCAGUCGUCCAGUAAAUUCCCUGAGCUGCUGGCUGAAUACUGUGACUCCUUGUUGAAGAAGAGGUCCAAGAACCCAGAAGAGGCAGAACUAGAAGACACGCUCAACCAAGUGAUGGCGGUCUUCAAGUAUAUAGAGGAGAAGGACGUGUUUCAAAAGUUCUACACGAGGAUGCAGGCCAAAAGGCUUGUCCAUCAUAACAGUGCAAGUGAUGAUGCCGAAACAAGCAUGAUCUCGAAGUUAAAGCAAGCUUGUGGUUUUGAGUAUACCUCUAAGCUUCAGCGAUUGUUUCAAGACAUUGGUGUAAGCAAAGAUUUGAACGAGCAGUUCAAAAAGCACCGGACGAAUUCAGAGCCACUGAACUCGGAUUUCAGUAUUCAAGUUCUGAGUUCUGGAUCGUGGCCCUUUCAGCAGUCUUGUACGUUUGCCCUGCCUUCAGAAUUGGAACCGAGUUAUCGGUGCUUCACAGCGUUUUACGCCAGCCGUCACAGUGGCAGAAAAUUGACAUGGUUAUAUCAACUGUCUGAAGGAGAAUUAGUAACAAACUGCUUCAAAAAUGGAUACACUUUGCAGGCAUCUACUUUCCAGAUGGCCAUCCUGCUCCAGUACAACACAGAAGACACUUGCGCCGUUCAGCAGCUGAUGGACAGCACCCAGAUCAAAAUGGACAUUUUGGCACAAGUCCUACAGAUUUUAUUGAAGUUGAAGUUACUGGUCUUGGAAGACGAAAAUGCAAAUGUUAAUGAGGUAGAAUUGAAGCCAGAUACCUUAAUAAAAUUAUAUCUUGGUUACAAAAAUAAGAAAUUAAGGGUUAACAUCAAUGUGCCAUUGAAAAUGGAACAGAAGCAGGAACAAGAAACCACACACAGAAACAUCCAGGAAGAUCGCAAACUACUGAUCCAGGCGGCUAUUGUGAGAAUUAUGAAAAUGAGGAAGGUUCUAAAACACCAGCAUUUACUUGGAGAAGUACUGACUCAGCUGUCCUCAAGAUUCAAGCCUCGGGUCCCAGUAAUUAAGAAAUGCAUUGACAUUCUGAUUGAGAAAGAAUAUUUGUGUGGGAAGACAUUCAGGAGUCUUUCUGAAACCUUGAAAAUGUUAAAGUAUGUGGGCCGGGCGAUGGGAUUCAGAAUGUCCUGCUUGAGCAGUGGAGGAGCUGAGGGUGCAGGGCGUGGAGACUAUGGGGGCAUAGGCAGAGGGUUGGCGGUCUCUGGGGGCGCAGCCCCUUUCUAAUAUCUGAGAGAGGUCUCCUGCCCCCAGGGCUGUUUUGCUCUCCAUGCCCAGCUCAGAUCCACACCUGCUCAACUCGGACCCA